GCCUCUCAUUGGCCGCAUAUCUGAUAAGCAACGAUGGUCGUGGUUCCACCACCACCACAUCUUCAACCAACCUGUACAUUCAUCGCCAAUUCGCCAUUGUUGUUGGUCUCCACAAUCUGUUACUCAAUCAGCAAUGGCUUCUUCUUCUUUCUCGGUAGUUUCCUUUUCAUCUGUUAACACUGAGCUAUCUGUUAUUCGACUUUCAAGUCGUCAAAAUUUAGUACCACUAAACCCUAGACGGCAAUGCCUUGGAAUUUUUCACCGUCUAGAUCGCAAUUACAGAUCCAUCAGUGCUUCGGUGUCAUCUCCGGUGCAGAAGGUAUCGUCGUCGUCAUCGCAACUCCCUCCGGAUGAACUUGCGGCCUCCAUUUUGUCGAAGGUUAUGCAAACAGAUCGAGGAGUUACACUGACAAGGGAACAACACAUGCAAGUAGCUGAUUUGGUUAGCGAAUUGAAUAAAUAUUGUGUAGAUUCACCUGUGAAAUGCCCCCUGAUUUUCGGAGAUUGGGACGUGGUGUAUUGUUCAAAUCCUACAUCUCCUGGUGGGGGUUUCAGGAGCGGAUUAGGACGCCUUGUUUUCAAAACAACUGAAAUGGUUCAGGCUGUUGAGGCUCCUGAUAUUGUGCGAAACAAAGUAUCCUUCUCUGCUCUUGGUUUCCUUGAUGGAGAAGUCUCAUUGAAAGGAAAACUGAUAGUUCUAGAUGAGAAAUGGAUUAAGGUGGUGUUUGAGCGACCCGAACUUAAGAUCGGAUCGCUAGAGUUUGGGUUUGGUGGUCAGAGUGAGGUGCAACUCGAGAUUACGUAUAUUGAUGAUAAGUUGAGAUUAGGGAAGGGGUCUCGAGGCUCGUUGUUUGUUUUCCAAAGGCGAUAGCCGACUUUGUAAAGAACAAGGUGAUCUAUGUCCUGUUGUAUCGAAUCACAUCGCUUUUUGGCAUGAUAUGAUUAUGUUGUAUAUAACAAAUUAAUGAACAUUUAUCUCGUUUAAUUUGGAUCUUGUUAUUGAAGAUGUUCUGAUUUAUGUUUGUCAAGACGAUGAACCACGGUCUGUUUGUUUGUAUUAAGUUCAA